AAAUAAUGCUAUCUCCUUAUGCAAACAAACUAGAUUCUGUGGCUAAACAGCGGUAUGUAGUGAAGAUUGGUUGUGUGGAUGCUGAUCCUUAUGCGAUAUGUAGAUCAGAGUGUAAAUCUGUCCUGGAUUGUGAGAGUAACGAGCUGCCAGAUGUAGAGUACCCAGACAUUUAUCACUACCUCAUAAAUACACCCGGUGGAUUUUCUGGCCAGUGCAUGAAGGCGUACAAGAGCUUGGAUGCUUACAAUUAUUUCAUCUCCGGUUGGGUCAGAGAGCUCCUGGUUUCAGUAAAGGGAAGCAAGUUUGUCAUUCUGUCAAAGGUGCUGCAUUCCCAAAGGCUUUCGGAGCCACCGUUGCAAGUGUGGGUGAUUUGUGAGAAGGAUGGAUGCGUUGUAUGCGGCCACUGUAACUGCAUGGCAGGGCUUGGGGAGACAUGCUCCCAUGUAGCUGCGACACUAUUUGCCAUUGACAGUGUUGUUAAGAUGAAGAAGGACACUUCCUGCACCUCCCUACCCAAUACAUGGUUGGCACCGUCAAAUUCUCGAGCUGCCAAUGUAGUACCAUCACCAGCCUCAGAAAUGGAUUUCUCCAAUGCAAGGAAAAGAUGCCAGGUGGUUGGGAGUGAAACACGAGCUGUAAAAAGAUGUCCAGAGGUGGCAAGUGCAACAGAAGGAGAGAAGGAGUCAUUUUACAAAGGAUUGCAUGCAUCAGGUGUUAACAGUGUCAUACUGUCGGCCAUACCUGGAUACACAGAACACUUUGAGAAGUCAGCCAACGCAACCUUGCCAGCUCCUCUAACAGAACUGUACAGUUCAGAGCAUGCCAAUUUGAGCUUCGCUGCGCUAAUCGACAAAUCAAGGGAGACAUUUGUCCGGCUGUCAGUAACACCUGAUGAGGCCACUGCGAUUGAAAAAGAAACCAAAUCACAAGCUGCUAAUCGACAUUGGUUUCGUCAGAGGGCAGGCAGGAUCACUGCCUCAAAGCUGAAGGCUGCUACUAGAACCGACCCUGCCAACCAAUCACAGUCCUUGAUUAAAUCAUAAUGCUACCCGGAAAAUUACAAAUUCUCCACUAAGGCCACCAAAUGGGGAUGUGACCACGAGAAAGGCGCCCGUAAUGCUUAUGAGAGACACAUGAAGCAGCUACACAGUGAAUUUGUAGUCUCGGAUGCAGGUUUUUUUUUAUCAACCCCCUGUAUCCACACAUGAGUGCAUCCCCGGAUGGGUUGGUGACUUGCAGUUGCUGUAGAGGGCUUGGUGGAAAUAAAAUGUCCCCAUUGUCUAGCUGAAAAAGAGAUUGGGUCCCUCGUGGGAAAAAAAGUUUCUGUUUAGAAAAAUACCAAAGUGGCAUGUUACACCUUAAGAAAGAUCAUCAAUAGUAUUUUGAGAUCCAAUCCCAAAUACAAAUUGCUGAUAAAGGAUAUUGUGAUUUUGUUGUGUGGGGCUCAGAAGGCAUUCAUAUUGAGCGUAUCUCACCAGACCCUACUUUCUGGAUGGAUUGUGUAGCAAAAGCAUCUGAAUUUUAUGUACAGGGUAUUUUGCCUGAGCUUAUAGCAAAGUGGUACACAUGUCAACCACAGGCUUUGGCACAUCAAGAGACAUCUAUUGACCUGUGUCACACGGCAUGCUACUGCCGACGGGAUGAGGAGGGUAUAAUGAUAGAGUGUAAGUCAGGCUUUUGUAAGAUCAAAAAAUUCCAUUUGACGUGUUUGCGACUCAAAAAUGUACCUAAGAGAAAGUG